AUGCCCCGUAAAGCGGGAGAUGCUGAAACCUCUAUGUUUACCAGAGGUCGUAUAAUUGGUAUGUACGAAGGUGGCGUACCAAAAAUGAUGAUUUCUAAGAAAUUAAACAUAGACCCUAAAACAAUUAGAAAAUGGAUAUUAAGGUACGAAGCGAACGGAGAAAAUGGGUUAAAGUCUAUACCGAAACCAGGUGCUCACAGGAAAACUACUCCCUAUGAAGACGUAGCUAUUGCUCAAGCCGUAGCUGUCACUCCUUCAAUAUCAGUUCAAGAAAUUAAUAAAAUGUUGGGGUUAAAUAUAAGUGCGCAUACGAUUAGGCGAAGAGUUAAAGAUGCGAAAAUUCGUGUUAAACAAGAAAAAAAAGAAGAAAAGUUAGCAAAGAAAAAAACUAAAUCAGAUCAAAGUUGUUCAAAUACAAUGACUAAUAAUUUAGAAGGAGAAUGUGCUUUUCCCGUUAAGAAAAAAAUCGAAUCAGGAGUUAAAAGAACUAGAAAAAAGAAGCAAAAUAUUAUUGUACAACCUAUUAAUUCAGUAAAUCAGCAGCAAACAACAUUAACACAAUUACAAAAUACAAAUAUUUCUAAACAAAAUAUUUCUUCUGUACCAGUACCAGUUCUUGAAAAUGGAAUACAUCAACAGUACAUUGCAAAAGUUGAAACCAUGCAACCUACUAAUUUAUCCAAUGAAUCUCAUAAUCCACAAUUAGCUCAAACUCAUCAGUAUGAAAAUAAGACAGUACCAUUUUAUGGUUUUGCUUCAAAUUCUGGUUAUGAAUUUUCUAGAAUUUGGACUCCAGUGACUAAUUUAAGGAAUACAUAUUGUGAAGCGGCAAAAUUGGAAUUUGAACCAACAGAAGUAACACAAGUAACACAUUCAUCUGUACAAACAACUGGAUUUCUAAAUCCAUCGGUUUCCAGCCCCAAUUAG